AUGAAGAUGCACAUGUUCAACAUCAAUUGGGGCCACCACAGAUGGGCCGUCUUCUUCUGUGCCAUCUCCAGCCUCGGUGCUCUUUGCUAUGGGUACGACCAGAUUUACUACACCGGCGUGUUGGGGAUGAAAAGAUUUGUGCACGACUACGGCACCACCCACGACAAGGACGGCAAUAUCGCCUUGACCACUACCUUCCUGUCCCUCACGGCAUCCAUCAUCUACGUGGGAGAACUGGUCGGGGCGCUUCUCUCUGCUCCCAUCAACGAUUUCUUCGGCAGAAAGGGAGUCUUCCUUUGUGCUUCGGCUUGCAUCAUCGCCGGGGCCAUCACUCAAUGCGCCGACCAAGGCUCCAUGGGGGUCAUCUGCCUGGGCCGUAUACUGAUCGGGCUGGGCAUCGGCCAGUUUACGGUGACCUGUCUCCUGUACAUUGGCGAGGUUGCACCGCAGGCAAUCCGAGGUCCGGCCCUGAUGAUGUUUCAAUUCAUGCAGUCGUGUUCUCAGCUUGUCGGUUCAGGGAUCACCCAAGGCACGGAAUCCAUCGGCUCGACCGCUUCGUACCGGAUUCCGAUGGGGUUGCUGGCGUUGCUGCCGCUCCUUAUGCUCGUGGGCCUGAUCUUCCUCCCGGAGUCGCCGGUUUGGUACAUUCGCCGAGGUCGACCAGAAAAGGCCACCAAGGCGCUUCUGAAGAUCAACCGCAGCAUGCCCGAGUAUACGCCCGAGAAAGACCUCGCCGCCUUCACGACAAUGGUGGAAACGGAACGAAUCCGAGAGGCGACGUCGUCCUGGAUGUCACUGUUGAAAGACCGGGUCGAACGCCGCAAGCUCAUAUACUCGUGCGGGGCAAUGGUGGCUCAACAGAUCAACGGCAUUCAGUUCUUUUACUCGUAUGGGGUCGUCUUUGCACAGUCCAUCGGCAUCAAGCAAGCGUUCACUAUCUCGCUCAUCACCAACACGCUCCAGGUCAUCGCGGUGGGUGUGUCUGUGCUGCUGGGCAACAAAGUGCGCCGCCGCUCGAACCUGCUGGUCACGACCAUCAUGAUGCUGCUCGCAUACAUCAUCAUUGGAGGGCUCGGCGCAGGACCCUACACGAAGACCAGCUUCAGCACGACCAUCGUCGUCAUCUCCUACAUUGUCAUUGUGGCGUUCAACUUCGGCCACGGGCCGUUGGCGUUCACCAUCGCGUCCGAAAUGGCCGUGGGGCGCAAUCGCAACAAGAUCAUGAGCGCGUCGAUCGUGUCGUUCUUCUUCACCGUCUGGGUCAUCGCCUUUACCAGCCCCUACAUCUACUACAACGGGGGCCUGGGCCCGAUGCUGGGGUUCGUGUACGCGGGGACCACGUGCAUCACGCUCGCGUACGUGUGGUUCUGCGUGGGCGAGACGACGGGCCGCAGCCACCUGGAGAUCGAGCUGUUCUUCCAGAAGCACGUCCCCGUGCGCAGGUGGCGCCAGCACAAGUUCGCCACCCUGGACAUCGUCCGCCAGGAGGAGGAAGACAACGCCUCCCACGCGAUCGCGGAGGAGAUCCAGCAGGCGCGGCACGAGGGCCGGAUCACGCAGCUGCUGUCCGAGAAGAACAUCGUGGAGCCGCCGACCGAGGAGGAGCUCGCCGGCCCCGGGCGCAGCGCCGUCGUCGCUCUGAAGACGGGGGACUGGAGGGACGUGCGGUGGGGGAGCAAGAAUGCUCCGUUCAGUCCAAGGGACCGCGCGCUGGGCCUGAUAUGCACAUUUACCGUCCACGGCAUGACCGAGUCAAUGUAG